CUUCAUGUUUCUCUUCAGAGGCGUCCUCAUGACCCUGCUGGGGCUGCUGGGCAGCCUGUUCUUCCUGGGCCAGGCCCUCACAGCCAUGCUGGUGUACGUCUGGAGCCGCCGCAGCCCUCGAGUGAGGGUCAGCUUCUUUGGCCUCCUCACCUUCCAGGCGCCGUUCCUGCCCUGGGCGCUCAUGGGCUUCUCCCUGCUGCUGGGCAACUCCAUCCUCGUGGACCUGCUGGGGAUUGCCGUGGGCCACAUCUACUACUUCCUGGAGGAUGUCUUCCCCAACCAGCCUGGAGGCAAGAGGCUGCUGCUGACCCCCAGGUUCCUGAAGCUGCUACUGGACACCCCAGAGGAGGACCCCAAUUACCUGCCCCUCCCCGAGGAGCAGCCGGGACCCCUGCAGCAGUGACCCCAUCCAGGGCAGGGCCAGCCCCAGGAGCCCGUGUCCCGGCCUCUGGCCGGCCUCCACCCCACCUCUAACUUCUGCUUGCAGCGGAGCAGUCUGUUCUGGAGG